AGUCAGCAGCCAGCUUCGGGUGUAGCCUAUUCCCAUCCAACUACAGUUGCUAGCUACACUGUCCACCAGGCACCAGUUGCUGCUCACACAGUUACUGCAGCCUAUGCUCCAGCAGCAGCUACGGUUGCAGUAGCUAGGCCUGCUCCGGUAGCUGUUGCAGCUGCUGCAACAGCUGCUGCGUAUGGAGGCUAUCCUACAGCACACACAGCUACAGAUUAUGGUUAUACACAGAGGCAACAAGAAGCUCCACCACCACCGCCUCCUGUCACUACGCAAAAUUACCAGGAUUCCUAUUCUUAUGUUCGAUCUACUGCCCCAGCUGUAGCUUAUGACAGCAAACAAUACUAUCAACAGCCAACAGCGACUGCGGCAGCUGUGGCUGCUGCUGCCCAGCCUCAACCUUCAGUAGCUGAAUCAUACUACCAGACAGCUCCAAAAGCAGGAUAUAGCCAAGGCGCAACUCAGUAUACCCAAGCCCAGCAAACACGACAAGUGACAGCUAUAAAACCUGCAACCCCAAGUCCAGCAACAACUACAUUUUCUAUAUAUCCAGUAUCCUCUACUGUGCAGCCAGUGGCAGGGGGCCAGCCAGUGCCACCUGCAGCUACUGUUGUCCCAUCCUAUACCCAAAGUGCAACGUACAGUACGACAGCGGUUACUUACUCUGGUACCUCUUAUUCCGGCUAUGAAGCCGCAGUGUAUUCAGCUGCAUCGUCCUAUUACCAGCAGCAGCAGCAGCAACAGAAACCGGCGGCGGCGGCGGCUGCUGCUGCUGCUGCAACAGCUGCUUGGACAGGGACCACCUUCACUAAAAAGACACCAUUCCAAAAUAAGCAACUGAAACCAAAACAACCUCCCAAACCUCCCCAGAUCCACUACUGUGAUGUUUGUAAGAUCAGCUGUGCUGGACCACAGACUUACAAAGAACACUUAGAAGGGCAGAAACACAAAAAGAAAGAAGCAGCGCUAAAAGCUUCCCAGAACACCAAUAACAGCAGCACUUCUGCUCGUGGAACUCAGAAUCAGUUGCGCUGUGAGCUGUGUGAUGUGUCUUGUACAGGGGCAGAUGCUUAUGCUGCCCAUAUCCGUGGAGCGAAGCAUCAGAAG